AGGGACUGAUUUUUGUCUGCUCCUGCUGUGUGCUGCCGGGUGGGGGGGGCGGCGCGCCUCCCCAGGGGAUGUCCGGCCCCUGCCGCGACCGAGCCUCCGAGAGACGCCCGCGGCGGCAUGGCGCAGGUGAAGAAGCGACGCAACGUGUCGCAGCUGAUUGGACGCUGGGUACGUUCUGACACGAAGUAUGACAAUUUGGACGCUUACAUUAAGUACCUUGGCAUUCCCGAGGACAAGGCUCGCGCAGAGAUCGCCGAGCCGCAGAUCCAUAUCAUCACGGCUAUCUCUGAGGAGGAGGUGACGCUGAUUCACCAGCUGCCGUGGAGAGACGGCUACCAGGCCGAGUGCGUGCUGCGCCUCGACGGCCAGCGCCACCCGAUGCCGCCGGCGCUGCGCGACGCGGCGAACGAGAAGGCCGACUGGAUGCAUCGGUUCGACGCCAGUGGGCUGCUCUGCGAGCAGGACCUCACCGUCAAGGGCAAGGCGCACAAGCUGCGGUACUGGCGGACGCUGAGCGCACCGAGCGAGAUCAAGGUCGACGUCCACCUGUACGAGGUCUGCGAGGGCGGCUCGGAGCGGGAGGUCGUGCACGCCGUCCGGUUCUUCGACAGGAUCCCGUUCAAGGAACGCUGGAUUGCGGCAGCUGCCCAGUUCUAUUCAGGCACCGCGUCGUACUUCUAUCUGCGCUCUCUGGCUGGAGAGCUCUUUCAAGCAAUGCCUAUGUAUUGUUCGUAUCGCGGCAGCCACUGUGGUGUGAAGCACGUUGCAGUGCAAGUGCGCAGGUAAUAUUGCGGGCUUCUGCAGCGCAGCGUUUGAUUAUUGAAUUCCCGUGGACGUCCUGCCUGGCACUUGCUUACAGAUCGCUUGGCAAGAUUGUUUGUGCGUUGCAGUUCUGCAGUCUUCUCCUCGGGCGCAAUGAGGUGACCGGUGGGUAGUCGCACGUUUCUGGCUUCUGUUGUAUUCAGGGCCUCCGUUGAGCGGUGAUGUAUUGUUGUUGACCCGCCGAGGGCAGCAUGAGCAAUUCAUGUGCAGUGUAUGGCGUUAGAUUUACGUGAUCUCCAUGAACGGCUUAUGUGUAGAGCGCACCUGGGCAUGGCAGUGGAAAGCGCUGAUAGUAAACGCACUCUCUGUGUGCAUGGGCGCGCCUUGCUCUUUGAGGGCGGCCAGCUUGUGAAUCAAUACCGCGCAGCUCGCCACCCAGCUGACUCGUGUGUAGCACACCAACUGCAAGAGCACAACGCACUUGUUUACACGCCGUUCGUUGACAGUUUGUAUUCUUGGAUUGCCA